UUCACUCGUAAUUUGUAAUAAGAUGAAAUUGUCUCGAGAAUAAUUUGUGGAAAAAUUAUUGCGAAAUACUUGAUGAUGCGAAAUUAACCAAUCAAAUUCGUUCGAGACGAACUAUUUUAAAUAGAAAAAAUGAAUAGAUUCGAAGAGAUCGUUAAAAUGGGUUAGCGAUAAAAAUAUUCGAUUUCAUUGGUGGGAAUAAAAGAAUUAUUAAAUUUAAAAUGAGCUAAAGUGAACUAGGCGGCUGGUGAAAAAAAAAUGUGAUAGUUAAAAGUGACAUUAUACUUGUCAAAAUGUGAUAUUUUAAAUUAUCUUAUGUAAAAUAAUUAAACUUUGAUGAUAAAUUCAAAAUUAAAUGUCUUAGAUUUAUAAUCCACUGCACAGUGUGUAUUAGACCAUGUGUAAUUGUCAUCAUCAUAGAAGAGGAUGCCCGGAAUCUGAAUCUGAUCCAUCAUCAGUCUUGCAAGAAUCAUGGCAAACACCGUUGGACGAAAGCAUUCAAUCCUCUGGUGAAUUUUGCUCCCCUCACUGUUUCCCAUCGUCGAACCCCCGAUUUCCAAGAACACCUCCGAGAACACCUCCACGAUCACCUCUAAGAACCCCGCCCAGAACACCCUUGUCGGACUUAACACGCGAAAUUCCACCAAGCGCUCCGCUCAGAAUCCUCAGAGAGCGGCCCGAUCUAUCAAUGGGAGUAGCUAUAGCGGCUCAUCGUUUGGAUUUCGAGACUUUAAGCGGAUACGAGGAUAUGGACGAGACGGAUAUGGACGAAACGGACGUAUCCGGCAAGUUUCCCCCCUUUUUCACCUCUCUCGUUCUAGAAAAUCGCGAGAAUCAGAAUUUUCUUACCGAUUUUAUCCCCGAUUUGCCCAAACAGGAGAAUUUUUAGCGCAGGCGGCGGCGCAAUUCCGAGGUCCACCAAGAUUCCCUACCUCGACCCCCUUACGCCCCCCACCCCCACCCCCGCCCCCACCACUCGCACUUGAGAGAACUUACAGAUUGCACCGCGGAAGAUCACCGCAAUUCCCAACAGUACCCAGAGCACAAAUACCACCUCGAAUGACCAGAAUGACGCCUUGCGGCAAAUGUUUAAGGGUAAUCGUUUGAAUUGCAAUCU